AACAUUGUGACAUGGAUGGGAAGAGAAUAUUGUGUUUUGCUGCAGCUCCCCUUUGAGAAGAAUUGUGGACAAGACCACGUCUGUGAAGGGGAUCUGAGGGUCAGUCUCAGCUCCUCAGGCCUGCAGACCCUGGUGGUAGGGAGCUCCUUGGAGCUUAAUGUGACAGUGACUCUGUGGAAUGAGGGUGAGGAUUCCUAUGGCACUGUGAUCAGCUUCUACUACCCAGCAGGGCUGUCCUAUCGACGAGUGUUAGCAACCCAGCAACCACACCAGCGUUCACUGCGCCUGGCAUGUGAGGCAGAGCCCACGGGGAAUGAGAGCCUGAGGAGCGGAAACUGUAGCGUCAACCAUCCCAUCUUCCACGAGGGCACUAAGGGCACCUUCCUAAUCACAUUUGAUGUCUCCUACAAGGCCACCCUAGGAGACAAGUUGCUUCUGAGGGCCAAUGCACGCAGUGAGAAUAAUAAGCCUACGUCCAGCAAGACCACCUUCCAGCUGGAGCUCCCCGUGCAAUAUGCUGUCUACAUGGUGAUCAGCAGGUAUUGAUUAUCUACCCUCCCUUCUGACCUCUGACCUUCCUCCAAGUCUAGGACCUCCCAUGGCUGCCCAGCCUGCUGUCUAAAGGAUGGGUAUCUAAACUAUCCCCUCUGAUUCCUCACAUGGAAGGACUUGUGACCAGCCAUGCACUUAUCUAUACCAUAAUACCACAUACCAUCUACUUCUUGCUUCCUCUCUGAUGAAUUGGACUACUCAUCGGACACACGUUUGCCACCAUUGUGCACCCCUUCCUCUUUCCCCAAGGUGCACGCUUCCUUUAACAUUAAGCCAAUUCUCUUUCUGGUACUAAAUGUAAGUGUGCGGAGGUGAAACUAACUAGGUUAAGAUUGAGGCUUUUUGAGCCACUCUGAAGUGGGGAAUAUGGUUUGUCACCACACAGAGGAAAUAGAAGGUCAGGUUUUCGCCAAACCAAAAGGAGAGCAGAGGUGUGAGAAGCUGCUCGGAAAGUCUCUAAGAGGCCAAGGCUGUAGCAGCCCGAGGAGAGGCCAAUGCAGGGCUGUGGCUCUCAGUUCUGCAAGUGGGUAGAAGAGCGGGGGCAGGCCAGGCUAGAAGCAGGGCAAGGGGCUCUGCAUAUCUUGCUAAACUCCAGAGGUUUAGAGAGUUGGUCAGAAGCUUAUAAUAUUGCCAUGGGACAGAGUUUGCUACUGCUGUUGCUGCUGACACAUGAAAUUUGAGGGGAACUCGGUUGGGGUUGGUGAUCAAACAGUGUGUCAUUGCCCUUCCAAUUUUAGUAUAUGUGCUGCCGAAGCGAGCACAUGUCAUUGCCCUUCCAAAUCCAUGUCCUGAUUUCCCCUUCUAUCCAGGGGAGAAUAGUGAAACUUAGAAUAAGAGCGUACAGUAUGUGUACUUAUGAUAUAACAGGCAUUUUCAAUGUACUUUACAUGUAUUUACAUUCAUUUAAUCUUUCGAAUAACUCUAUGACAUAGUUAUUGUUAACCAUGCUUUUUUAGCAACAAAGACAUCAAGAGGUUAAAUACCUUGUCCCUGUCCGUGAGCUGGGAAGCGGUAGCACCGUGAAUCACGCAGAUGGUCUGGCCCCAGAGCUUGUGCUCAUGCCCAUACACUCCUGUGCCUCUCCAAGGAUUGGGGAAGCUGAGUGAUUUACUCAAAUUUAAAAAGAGAGUUAGAACUGAAGCUUUAAGGUGAGAAAACUGAAGCACAGAGAGAAACAGUUAGGAUCAGGAGCAUAGAGGAAGGACAACACACCGAGGGGAAAAAUAAAUUCUAACAUUUAUGUCAUUGCUGCCAACUUCAUCACGGCUCUAUUACAGGCACUGUUAUUAGCAUCCUCAUGUUAAAGAAACUACAGGGCUCCAGAGAGGUUUGGUAACUUGCCUUAAAUUAGUUGGGUAGGAAGUGGUAGACUGAAAUGUGAACCCAGGUGACUUGGCUCCAAAGCCCAUGUUCUUAAUCAUCAAACUGACAGUCACAUCCGUUGGACACCUGUAGGGCCCAUGGAGUUUCUGUAUGGCUGGCCUGGUCUGUACACUGGUUGCUGGUGAAAUGUGCAGGUCCCUUUGCUUGUUUGCUUGAUUCCACUGAGACCUUAGAUGAUAACUCCGGGAAGGCAGGGAUUAUAGGCUGUUAACUGCGUAUCUCCAGUCAAGGACCCAGCCAGUCACAGGGUAAAUAUUUACUGAAGGAAGCAAUGGAUGGAUGGGUUUAUGGAGGGAUGGAAACCCACCUGCAGCCUGGGACAUUUAUGUCCACUCCAGGGGCUUGUGUUCACACGCAUCCUUCCUCACAUUUACUUAAAUGGCCUAGGAUAGCCACAUUUAUUUUCUUCAUUUAUCUGGAAGGCCUUCCACUGCAUUUUGUCCUGAGUGAUCCAACCAGGAUUCCUGUGAGUCCCCUUAGGCCUUUUUGGUUCUGGCAGUGGCCUCUGCAAGCAUCACUAAGGCCAACCAUGUACCUACUAGAGGACAGAGCCAUGUGAAUGCCUUCUUCCCAGGGGAAAAUGUUUCAAUGUUAUGAUAGGUAAUGUUUGAGUUGGGUCUUUAAGUGCAAUUUUCCAGAAGGGAGGUGGUAAGUCCAUUCCAAGCAAAAGAAAGACCUUGAGCAAAGUUAUGGGGACAUGAAAGGGCCAAGGGUGACUAGCAGUUCUAGGUGACUGGGGCAAAGACACGGGAGAAGA